AUGGGCUUCUUUACUGACAUAUGGAAUCGAAUCUGGGAGAGGGUUGUCGACAACCGCCAGAAACUCACAGCAACUGGCGGCUUCCUACUCGGCAUCAUCGUGACUCUCGGCUUGAAAGACCUAUACCCAGAUCUUGAGCUCGCAUACAGGAGAAGAUUACGACAGCUGCGUGGGACACAGCAUCCUCGUCCAGGACAGCCAGAUUAUGUACGGCUAGAAGACCAUACCGGGAGGAAGUCAUCAACACACCCCAGCGGCAGCAAUGAUCCUCAAAGCAAGGCUUCUCAAGAAGAGAUCAGCGUGGGUGUGGAAGGCCUGGUUGGAGACACGCCUCUCAUCAAGCUCCGGUCAUUGAGCGACGCCACCGGGUGCGAAAUCCUAGCCAAGGCGGAGUUCCUGAAUGGAGCAGGCAACUCGCCCAAAGAUCGAGUGGCGCUGUCGAUGAUCGCGCAUGCCGAAGAAGCCGGCCUUCUCACUCCAGAUCAGGGCGACACAAUCUACGAAGGAACAGUCGGAUCUACCGGUAUCUCCUUGGCCUCAGUGGCGAGAGCGAGAGGGUACAAGGCGCAUAUGUAUGUAGCGGUGUAUCUUAGCUUUGAACUUAUAUUCACAUCUUUCACAGCUGCAUGCCCUCCGACGUCUCUGUCGAGAAGUCGGACCUCCUACUCAAAUUAGGAGCAACGGUCGAGCGCGUCAAGCCCGCCUCUAUCGUAGACCAGAAUCAAUUCGUCAACACAGCUCGUCGAAGGGCACAAGAACACACGUCGCACCCCAACAAACCUGGCAGGGGCUUCUUCGCAGACCAAUUCGAAAACACGGCAAACUACCUCGCUCAUCAAAAUUCCACCGGACCGGAAAUCUACGCUCAGACGAAUGGACAGCUGGAUGCUUUCAUUGCGGGAGCCGGAACGGGUGGGACGCUAUCUGGAGUCGCACUCGCCUUGAAACCUCUCCUGCCCAACCUGAAAGUCAUAUUGGCAGAUCCUCAAGGCUCCGGUCUAUACAACAAAGUCAAAUUCGGCGUCAUGUUCUCUCCCACGGAAGCCGAAGGGACCCGCCGAAGACAUCAAGUCGACAGCCUUGUCGAAGGAAUCGGAAUCAAUCGGCUCACGGCGAACAUGAAUGCAGGACUCCACCUCAUCGACGACGCUGUCAAAGUGACGGAUGAGCAAGCGAUGAAAAUGGCAAGAUGGCUGGUGGAGAAGGAAGGCUUGUUCGUGGGCUCUAGCAGUUGCGUCAAUCUGGUCGCCGCUGCUACGAUUGCGACGAGGGAAGGGUGGAAAGGCAAGAGGAUCGUGACGAUCAUCUGUGAUAGCGGAACCAGGCAUCUGAGCAAGUUCUGGAAGGAAGCUGGGGUCGUUGGUGGAGAGGAUGUGGAAUUUACCCUGGAUGAGAUACUGGGGUCAAGCAACAGGAAGGAUUGA